CCGAGACACUAUGAACGGGUGCAUAAACUGAACGUAGCAAACUCAUUCACAAGACUGUUUGAUUAACUUCAUGGUAACGGCAUGUUGUUUGAUCUAUAAUCCAAAUUCGUUGAAAGUUAAACAUUUUGGCCCUAACUUUAAAAUCCGUAAAUUUUCUUGCCAUUCUUUUUGGACAGGAGCGAAUGGAAGAACUGAAAGAUGCAAGCAUUCAUCAUACAGCCAUCAAAAUUUCCAAUGAAAUCAAAAAUAUGAAAUUGUACGGUCAACUCUACAAAACAGUGCAAAAAUUGGUCUGCUCACCGGAUGUAAACAAAGACAAUAUAAAAAGUACGCUGCAGGUGGCGAUAUUGGCGAACGGCCUCGAUACUGAUAUCCGAAACAUUGUUUAUCACUUGAUUCGAAGCACUUUAAAGAAUGAGUACAAAUCAACAGGACUAUCGUCAGAUCACCUGAACUAUUUGAGACGGGCUGGCAUUCAAUGGGAACGCCGAGUACGAAAAUCACUGUGCAACAUGUGCAAUGAAAUGCAAGUUACAUUACAAGGUCAACCGAGAAUAAGUGUUGAUAAGGAGGAACUAUUGAACAAAUGGAGUGAAUUGAGUAACUAUCAAAUAGAUUUAUCGAACUACAGACCCGUUUACGCACCGAAAGAUUUGUUGGAAGUGUUGCUGUCGCUAAAGGGGCCACAAAGACAAGAAGAUGAUCUCCACCCGAAGUGGGAAUUCUCUCACAUUGGCCUACCAGUAAAGAAAAUCUACGAUUUGCGAAUGCAUUUUCUCGAUCUUAUUCGAAAUGAGAAAACAACGAACUGGUCGGUACAAUGCCAGAAAGUAUUGCAAAAAAGACACGCACCGCUGUGCCAACAUCUGUUGAAACGAGGACAGACACCAACUCAGUAUCGAGGGGCGUUUUGGUCAUAUGUUCUCGGAAGUCAUGUUGAACAAUACGAUCAGGAUCAUUGGGACAAACUGAAGUUGUCUGUGCUGAAUACUGACCUAAUAGUGGACAAGUUGAUUUUUAAAGAUGUUCAAUUAACAGCCACCAACGAUGAUCAAUAUUUUGUUUUCGAAGAUGUACUCUACCAGGUAAUGCUCUGCUUCUCUCGGGAUACGGAAAUUCACCAAAUUAUUAACCAAGACGUGGUUAACAACAGUAAAACAAAACAAUAUGACGGACCUCCGUCAGUGGUUCCAUUUCACGGGAUAUGCAUGUUCGCCGCACCAUUUUGUUACAUUUUUGAUUCACCUGUUAAACUUUAUUUCACAUUUCGAGCUUUUUAUAUUCGAUACUGUCAUCGACUAACUACAAUCAACACUCAUCCACAGGGUAUCGUCAGCUUGUGUUUGUUGUUCGAAAAAUUACUCCAAACUCAUGAGCCAGAACUGUGGUCCCAUUUCCGCGAAAUUCAGAUUCAACCGAUACGAAUCGUUUUCAAAUGGCUGAUGAGAGCUUUCAGCGGCCAUCUACCACCGGACGAACUGCUGAUAUUAUGGGAUUUGAUUCUAGGCUUCGACAGUUUGGAGAUAAUCCCGCUACUCGCAAUUGUGAUACUGAGCUUUCGCAAAGAAAGUCUAAUGCAGGUCGAAACUCUGGAGAACAUUGAAGCUGUUUUGGCUGAUUUGUCAUCCAUUAAAAUUUUGCCUCUGCUUCAAUUAGCUUUAACGACCAACAGGGAUUAAAUUAUUUGCAACCGAAGAUGGGUGUGCCCAUAGCCGACAUUGUUUUCCGUUUCGAACACUAAUUUUGAGUUCGUAGAAAUUUUUAAUAAAAUGUUGAAUGUGG